AUGGUGAAUUCCACUCUCUAUACCAACUCGACUCAGAUGUCCCUUUACAAAAACAGUGCUGUAUAUAACGUAUGGGUGGGUCUCGUGACUCUGACAGUAUUUUGUGUCUGCUUCUUCCUCUACUUCAUCUCGGUCAUCCUAAACGUCUACUUCACAACGCCCCAUGUCCGUGAGCAUGCGCGCUACGUACUCUUUGCCCAUAUGCUCAUUAACGACGCAUUAUAUCUCAUUGUGGGGCUCUUGCUUAUGCUGGGUUAUUUGUUCACUACCCACCUUCCUGUUCCGAUAUGCUAUUUCCUGAUCACCCUGGCCGUAUCCACUUUUAUGGUCACUCCGUACAACUUGGCGGCAAUGGCUUUGGAACGCUACAUCGCCAUCUGCUUCCCGCUAAGGCACAUCACACUUUGCACGCCUCAGAGGUGUAAUGCCGCCAUCGGUCUUAUGUGGGCAACGGGAAUGAUACCCAACUUCGCCGAUUUCAUUGCCCUGAGCACCUCGGUGGACACCAAAUUCUUCUCGAGUAGGCUGUUAUGCACACAGGGACACAUGAUAAGGAGCCAACUUCAAGCCACCAUACGCUCUGUGUCCUUCAUACUUACCUUAACUAUGGUGGGACUCGUACUUAUUUUCACUUACAUCAAGGUCAUGGUGGUCGCGCGGCAGAUCGGCUCGGGAAAUUCUUCGGCCUUAAAGGCGGCGAAAACCGUCCUGCUCCACGCCUUCCAGCUCCUCUUAUGCAUGACCUCCUUGACCACCUCGUUCACCGAGUCGAGCUAUAAGGACUACGUCGCCUUUUUGAUCGUAACUAAUUUCCUAGUCUUCAUGUGUCUGCCAAGGUUCCUCAGUCCUUUGAUCUACGGCCUACGAGACGAAGUGUUCAGCAAAUGUAUUCGAAAGAUGUACUCCUCAAAAUUUUAA